GAUACACAAUGACGUAACGAGAUAUCAUGUUUCCCAGGCUUCGACGUGGGCAAAGAGUACGUGUACAAGCAAAAGGGGACAUUGCACGUUGCAAAUCCCGAGCAGCCCUUGCAGUCCGCAGGCGUCGGAUUCAGGAGCAAGAUUGUCAUGCAGCCGAAGGAACAUCACACCAUCUUCUCGAUCGUCGACUUCGAAGCGGAAGCCUUCAACUCUGACAGCAUCGACGUCGUUCAUCACCAGUUCAAGUAUGGCCGCAACGAAGAUCUGGUCGGAGCACUCGAGAGCCCAUUUGCUGCCAAGUUCAACGAAGGAAAGGUCGAGGAGAUUGAAAUCGACAGAAACGAGCCUCUUUGGGUACGGAACAUGAAGAAAGGCAUCCUGUCUUUGUUUCAAUUAGACCUGGUCAAGGGACGCCACAAGAACCCGGAUGACCGGGAGUACCACGUCAAGGAAGGCGGUCUGCAUGGUCCUUGCGACACCCUGUACAUUGUGCACAAGGAGCACCACGGCCACAUCGAAGUGACCAAAGCAAAAAACCUUGAGAAGUGUGACCCCGGAAAUUACGCCACCUAUGGACGACAGAAAGGCACCGUCUGCGUCGAGUGCGAAGCUCAGAGGACAUAUCAACUUGCGGACACAUCCGAGGUUUAUUACACCCUCAAGGGAACCGCUCAGCGAUACGUGAUCGAGCACGCCUGGUCGGAGUCGACACAGAUGCUCAGGAGUAACAACGAAGGCAAGGAAGUCCGCGUCAUGUUCAAUCGCACCCUGGACCUGGAGACGGAAGGCGAGAUCACGGAGAAACUCUCACUGCCUGGGGAAAUUCAGAAAGAGCAUUCAUUAGCGCAACAGUUCUCUGUGACAACGGACUACAAGGACCCGCGGGACCUCAAGCGCGUCAGCGGAUUCAUCACGUACUUUGGCCUCCCCUCCAUCAAAGAACACUUUUUGGUAAGCCUGCAAAGCCUGGCGCGACUUGAGUACUCUGACGAGGACAUCCGGCACAUCGAUAAUGAGAUCAGCGGAGGCAUUUUCUUCUUGAUCGGGUUUCACUCUUUCUCGUCCUUCAACUAUGAGGACAUCGAUGACGUCUACCGGAACCACGUGCUCACGGCGCCGGAGGAAAUCAAGGACAGCAUGCGGAACGUGUUCUUGGAUCUUCUUGGAGCUACCGGAUCUAACCCGCACAUCGCCUACGGUCUGAGCCUGAUCAAAGGCGGAAAGCUCAGCAAGUUGGAGGCCCAUUAUUUCUACAACAAGAUACAAAUAAACCUCAAGGAAGACAGCGCUGCCAUGAUUCAAGAAAUCAGCGAUUCGUGCAAGUCGCAGGCCAUCAAGAGCCACCGUGGGACUUGGUCUUCCUGCAAGCUCGCAGCCAGCGCUAUCGCUGGCGGCUCCGGAUGUCAGCACGCUAACAAAGACCACGAGGAGGACAAAGGCACCUGCAGCCCUGAGAUUAUCUCGCGCCUCUUUAACUACUCAGUGACGCCAAGAGACGUAGAGAACGAGCCGGAGCACCAGAGCACAGUGUUCUUGAGCGUGGCUGGAAACUUGGCCACGCGCAUGGCCGUAGAGUACCUGGAGCGCUUCAUCUGUCCCAAAUGGCACGCCAACGAGCACAAGAGAAUGGCCGCUCUGUGGGCCCUCAAGCAAGCAGCCAAGCGCCACCCCAAACUGGCUCACUCCAUCGCCCUGCCCGUGUUUCACAACACCAGCGAAUCGAGCGAGAUCCGCAUCGCCGCUUUCCUCGUGGUUCUGGCGACCAACCCUGAGCUGUACGUCUUGCGCCACAUUGGACUCGAGAUGGUCACCGAACCCAGCGACCAGGUCGUGGCAUUUGUCACCAGUGCCUUCCGUUCCCUGGCCGAGUCCGAGUACCCUUGCCACCGAGAAAUCUCUCAGCGUUUGCGCUACGUGCUGCCUCUGUGGGACAGCCACUCGCGGUUCAGGAAGCCGAUCGACGGAACAUCAUCCCACAUGUUCAUCUCUUCCGGCUACAACCACAAGUACGACUACGGCGGCAUGACCCAGGUCGAGAUGAUUCGUUCGCGUGACAGCUACCUGCCUCGCAACCUGCACGUCAGCAUGAAGGACUACAUGGCCGGACACACGCAUGACACAGCGGCCAUCUCGUUCGAGAGCUGGGGUAUGGACAAGCUGCUCAACCAACUCCUUGGGCCGCAGCCGACAUCCACGAAGAACAUAUGGAACUUCAUGGGCCGCCGUCGCUUUCCGCGAGAGGCGUCGGCGGACGAGAGACAACAUAUCGAUGAUGCCUUGCCAAUCGCCGUCCGUGAGUACGACCCGGCGUAUGCUCGACUUAGCCUGUCCGUGUUUGGGCAGACCAUCGACACCUGGGACUUUGACGAGUCUAUCUUGGAAGCACUGAAGGCAAAAGUGACACCAGACAAAGCAGCAGAAAAGUCCGCGGGCAGCGGGAGCCGCAAGUAUUUCUCCUUGACCAAAGACUGGACGUUCUUGACGCCGACUGAGCUGGGCGUUCCACUGCUUUUCGACCACAAGCAGGUGGACUUCAUCUACGCCAAUCGCCAGGGCCUCAAUGGCAUCAGGCAUGGAGACAACGGGGAGAUGAACUUCGACAUUAAGGGACACUACUUGUGA